AUGCGGCUUGCAAUGCUCACGGCGCUCUCGGUGCUCGCCUCACCAGUCAUGUCAGCCGGCCUGCAACCACACGCAGGACCUCGCGCCGCAACCACGCAGGAUUUCCGCUCCGUGACCUUCAACAUCCGCUACGCUGCACCAGCCAGCACCAACGAGCGGCCGUGGUCCGUCCGCGGUCCUCUCGUGACAUCGCAGCUGAAAAACACCACUGCGACCGCGACAUCCCGCGGCAGCAUUCCCGUCAUCGGCCUGCAGGAGGUUCUGCACCAGCAACUGCUGGACAUCAAAGCCGGACUGGGGUCGUCCUGGUCGCACCUGGGAACGGGCCAGGACGACGGUAAAGCCAGCGGCGAAUACGUGCCGCUGCUCUACCAGCCCUGCGUUCUGCGCCUCGUUUCCUCGACCCAGAAAUGGCUCUCGCCCACGCCGGACGUGCCGUCGUUCUGGCCCGGGGCCGGCUCGCGGCGCUACGUGAUUGUGGCCGUGUUCGAGGUCGUCGCGACGCGCAGGCUCGUCGUGGUCGCGAACACGCAUCUCGACAAUGCGAGCCAGACGGCGCGAAUCGAGGGGGUGAAGAUCGUGCUCAGCACCAUCCGUGCGGUGCGCGCGCAGUACGGCGCUCUGCCUGUCGUGCUCACGGGAGACUUCAACUCGGCGCCUGGGUCGGGCGAUGCGUAUGGGACUGCUGACCAGGACGGGCUGCUGGGGGAGCUGUACGCGCUGGCUAAGCCGGAGCAGCGGUUUGGGCCUGAGGGGACGUUCAGUGGGUUUGAUCCUAGCGCCGAGCCGAAUGAUCGUAUUGAUUUCAUCUGGCUGGGUCCGAACGCGUCGACCACUUGGGAGGUGGAGAGGUAUGAGGUGUUGGGUAAUGUUGUGGGAGGUGUGUAUAUCAGUGAUCAUCGAGCGGUGGUCGGGGACGUAAGGCUUCUGUAA